AUCUCAAUCGAAACAACUUAAUCAAACGUUUCCACCCAUAAUAGGUCUGUCCCCACAAGAAGAGAUUAAAAAGAACAUGGCCUUUUCUGGGGUACAUAACAGCUCCAAACUACCAUACCCCCAUCCCGUUUAGCUCAACAAGGUGGUUACAAAUUGGAACCAACUAAGAUACCUGGACAAAGAUAUUGGGAACACCAAGGAAACUACUGUGUUCCAAUAUCUUUGUAUAGUUGCUGCUCAUUAAAUAUUUGCUGAAUGAAUGAAUGACUGUAAAAUAGUGGGACAUGCAGGUGAGUGGUAUAAAUUAGCUAAGUCUUUAUUUUUUAUGUUAGGAUUUGACAGUAUCUUAAGCUGAUAAAUCAAAAUGUUCAAAGUUUAUAAACAAGUGUUACAGAUGUAGUCUCCAGAAAAACUAAAAAGCAGAAAUAGAAAGGUUGCUUCUGGGGAUGGGAUAUGUUAGGACAGGAAGCUUCUGCUUUCCUUUAUAAAUUCUUCAGCUUAUUUGAUUUGUUAUAAUGUGAAUGUAUAACUUUGAUGGAAAAUAAAACUAAAGGCUAAAAACAGUGGUAAAUUCCAAAGCUUUGACUCAAUUCUUGGAACUCAGUGCAGCUAUAUCAGAACCUCUAGGUGUGACCUUGGUACUCUUGGUACUUUUGCCAAGAGUCAUGUAUCAUGUGUGUCAUUAAAUCACUUCAGCACUUUCCCAUAUAUUUCAUUUUCAACCGAGAUUCCUAAAUUGCUUGACUCCCCUGACGUUGACGUUUCUGGGCUAUCCUAUGGCACCAGCUCCUCACUCUUCCAUUACUAUAAUCCCUUGUGCUGUCUGGCAACCUCCAUGCAAAGAAGCUUAUUUCUGUUAUCUUCUUCUUAGUGGUGCAUUGAUUCCAGGUAUCUUAGUUGGUUCCAAUUCGUAUGCAGAACAUAUGUAUUUUCUUCAGGUCCAGCUUUACCUGACUUUUAUCAUCAAUACAUACCACAUAGCCUAGGGUCCUCAAAUGGUACCAGACUUGAGAGAUCAAGCUUGUACAUCAAAAUGAUGUGUUCCAGUUUGCUAAUGUUGCCGGAAUGCAAAACACCAGAAAUGGAUUGGCUGUUACAAAGGUCCAAGGCAACAUCGUUGUCCACAUGGAACCACAAAGAUUUAUGAAAAUUCUGGCAUGCCUUGUCCCACAACUGAAUAUUUGGAAAAAUAUCCUGUGUAUGGCAAUGUUCAGCCACCUCAGAGUCUUAAACCCAAGCAAGAAUUUCAAGCUUGCCGUGGUAAAAUGGAAGGAAUAACAACAUUUAAGUCAGAUUAUCGUCCUUAUGAAAUAGUGAAACAGCCUCGCCAUGUACCAGAAGAGUAUAAACCAAAUCAUGGGGAGAUUGAUCUUGGCACUACCUACAAACAGGAUUUUAAUUCUUAUAAAGUACAGCCUGUGGCAAUAGUCCGGCCUCUGGAGAGACAAGAAGUUAAAAAAGGAAAGUUGAACACUGUCCCAACCUAUAAAGAUGAUUAUAGAGCUUGGGACGUUCAAAAAUGGGAGCUUUAUAAACCAGAACAAACUUACCAUCCCCCUACUGUGAAAUUUGGAAAUUCAACUACAUUUCAGGAUGACUAUAUUCCUCAGGAGAUAAAGCCUAGGCAAAGUUUUAAACCUUCCCUUGUGGUCAAACAUUCUACAGUCCCUUUUAAUGGUGAUACAAGUCAUCAUCUUGAUUAUGUACCUCAUCAGCUAGAAUUCAAAUUUGUAAGGCCAAAAGAAGUUUACAAGCCACCCAACCAGUCCUUUGAGAAUCUCACAACUCACCGGUAUGAUUUUCAAGGUCUCGUUGGUGAAACUGCAAAAAUCUGCAAACCUGCAUACACCAGACUGACCCAAAAUGCUCCAUUUGAAGGAAGCACUGAAUUCCGUGAAAGUUUUCAACCAUGGGAAAUCUCACCACCUGAAGUCAAGAAAGUACCAAAGUAUGUUCCCCCUACAGGUACCAUGCAGUUAAACAGCAUGAGCCAACUCGACUAUGUUCCAUAUCAGGUCAGCCGUGUUGUGCCCAUCAGACCAAUUUCACCUAGAAGAAGUAACAAUUUUCCUUUCCAAGGAAAAAGCACCACAAAGGAAGAUUUUCCAGCAUGGGAAAGUUGUCGUCAAGGAAUUGUUAAAAGGCAGCAGCAGAUUCCCAACCCAUCUGGAAAAUUUGAUGGUUUAAGCACUUUCAGAUCUCACUAUGUGCCACAUGAACUGAUUCCAAGGGAGAGCUGCAAACCUUUAAAUGUUGCUCUCAAGAGUUCUGUUCCAUUUGAUGAUGUAACCAUGUACUCUAUAGAGUAUGCACCAAAGAAACAGGAAAUCUGCCCAGCUAGCUAUCCUUUCCCUCCGGGUUAUAUAUUUGAAAACACAAAUUCCCAAGGUCAUAAAUUCUUCCGCAAGAUCACUCCUGCAGUGAAGGCCUUCUAAUCAUCAAAUCAUGUUUAAAAGGAGGCUAAGUAUCUCAACAAAAUUAAAUAAAAAAAAAAAAAAGGAAGCUAACUACCAAGAUACUGGUUUUCCAAAAGCAAAACCAAUUUUGAUAGGGAAAGAACACUUAU